AUGACUGUCCUAUCCGAGGACGACCAGUCGCGACAACUGCUCGAAACGCGCAUUUCCAAAGAUGACGGCUACCAGAAACAACAGGACACACUCAUCGUUUGGACCGAGCAGAAUGGCACCGACAUGGCCCUCAGCUUCCAGGAGCCAGAGGGCUGCGCUAGCAUAUGGGACUUUGUGAACGAAGUCCAAUCGCGGCUGCAAGCACUCGCUCAGGACGAUGGUCUUUCAGACGACAUCGAUCACAUUAGUCCCAUAUUACUCCCGAGUCCCGAUCUUGGCAACCUCCACGAAAUCGAGAACCACAUGCGCGCUGCCAACUCGACGCCGGGCGGUCGUGAAGCCUUGGCCAAGUUCAUACUCGCCCAAGAUUACAUACCAAAACUCAUCCCACUUGUAGACAUGGCAGAAGAUCUCGAAAGUGUCUCGGACCUACACCGCUUAUGUAGCAUCGUGAAGAUGCUCAUCCUGCUCAACGACACCGCCAUUAUCGAAUACGUUGUAACAGACCCGGUGGUUCUGGGAGUCGUUGGGGCAUUGGAGUACGACCCAGACUUUCCUCUACACAAAGCCAAUCACCGACAGUACCUUGCCGAUGAAUCCAAGUUCAAAGAGGUCGUACGGAUAGAGGACGAGAACAUAAAGCGGAAGAUCCACUACACGUACCGACUUCAAUACCUCAAGGAUGUUGUUCUUGCGCGCAUCCUCGACGACCCUACGUUCAGCGUUCUGAACUCGCUUAUAUUUUUCCACCAAGUCGAUAUUGUCCAGCAUCUCCAAGCGAACGGUCCAUUCUUGAAGGAGCUUUUCAGCAUCUUCUCUCCGAAGGAGCAAAACUUGGCACGAAAGAAGGACGCAGUGCUGUUCAUUCAGCAAUGCUGCGCUAUAGCGAAGAGCUUGCAAGCGAAUGUGAGAGCGCAGCUAUAUCAAAACUUCAUUAGCAGCGGCCUGCUAGAAGUAAUCCAAUUUGCGCUCAAGCACCAGGACGCUUCGGUUCGUGUUGCGGGAACCGAUAUACUCGUGUCGCUGAUCGACCAUGACGCGCUGAUGGUGCGGAGCUAUAUCUUCAAGGCUAUCCAGGAGAAAUCCAAGUCGCUCACCGAUACCUUGAUCGAGCUGCUCCUUAUUGAGGUGGACCUUGGAGUCAAGGCGCAGAUGGCUGAUGCGAUCAAGAUUCUACUUGAUCCCAACGCCAACUCGGCUUCUAUAGAAGCGCUCGGGCGGACGAAUAGUGACUUCCUUGCCAAAAUGAGGGGACAAUUGCCAUCCAUACCUCAAACAGACUCUUUCAUACAGAACUUCUACGACGAGUCGGCGAGGAAGUUAUUCCAGCCUCUCAAAGACCUAGAGGGCCGGGAAUCAAUGGACGAUCUAUCGAUGCAAGAAGUGUCACUAUACGCUCACCUCGUUGAGGUUCUGUGCUUCUUUAUUCGCCAGCAUUCUUUCCGCAGCAAAUACUUUAUCCUUUCAGAAGGUCUGGCGGUGCGGGUUGCCCAACUCAUGGGUUGCCCAGAGAAGCAUCUGAAGCUCACCGCGCUCAAAUACUUCCGCACCGUACUUGGCUUCCACGACGAGACGCAUAAUCGACAGAUCAUCCAACACGAACUUUUCGAGCCGAUUUUGAAAAUACUCUUCGAUACUAUGCCUCGCGAUAACCUCCUCAACUCGGCAUGUUUGGAGCUGUUCGAAUUCAUCAGGCGCGAGAACAUCAAGAUGAUCGUCCAGCAUCUUGUUGAAACAUACAGAGAAAAGCUACAAGACAUUACCUACGUCGACACGUUCCAGAACUUGAUACUCAAGUAUGACCAAAACCAUGAACCGGUAACUACCCAAGAGAUGGACAAUUCCUUCACAAGUGUGGAUAGCGAUACGCCUGCGCGACAUGCUACUGCCAUCAACGGUGGAAAGUGGGGACAAGGUCUGAAGGAGGUGGACCCAGACGAAGAGGCUUACUUCAAUACGUCAGAUGACGAGGACGACCAUCUGUCUGGAGCUGGAAAACUUGCCAUGAACGGCGCAUCGCCGGUGCGACCUCUCGUCAACUACCCAGAUGACGAUGCCGAUGAUGCCGACAUGGACGAUCUCGCAAGCGACGUGGCCGCCUCUGCUCACAAGAUUCCAAUAACUCAAACGCCAGAAGAAGGUACAUCACCAAGUUCGACAUCCGCGGGAUCGCCACCAGAGCGGAUAUCGGAGAAGCGCCGACGAGAGGAGGACGAAGAAGACGAGCUUCUCGCAAGCAUCUCCACCUCUGCUGGACCCAAGCGACGCGCUUCGACGUCUAGUAACGCUAGUUCUGGGAGUUUGCGGAGUUUGCGUAGGAAGUCGCCUAAUGUGAACUCCGGCAAGGACAGUGGUGGUACGCCAAAGAAGAUUUCAUUGUCAAUACCACUUAAGAGUAGUGGUGAGGGUGGCGAAAGCGAAUAG